ACUCCCACACAACAACAGAUUAGGAAGGCACCCACUCACAAGGUGUCCUUUCUUCCCUGCUUCAAUGGCGUUCACUCUCUCUCCCUCCUUUAACCUUUCUCUAACUCGUAACCGAAUCACCUGCUUCUCCAAGGAGCAUCGCCGCCAAGUCAUCGCAAAGGAAGCGGUAGGAGACGUGACGCGUGCCAUGUCUGCGAGUGUUGUGGAGAGGAUAAUGAAACGGUUGAGGAGUGUGGUUCCAAUGGUGAUUGCGUCCGUUCAGAUUAGCGCUUUGGUGCCGUUGAUUGAUUACGCGGCGUCAACCGGUGCUGCCGAAGCAGUUUUGUAUUCGCCUGAUACGAAGGUUCCGAGAACCGGGGAGGUUGCUCUCAGAAGAGCCAUCCCUGCCAAUGCUAAUAUGAAGUCUAUACAGGACACUCUUGAAGAUAUUACGUACCUUUUGAGGAUUCCACAGAGAAAACCUUAUGGAACAAUGGAGGGGAAUGUGAAGAAAGCUUUGAAGUUAGCAGUUGAUGAAAAGGAUUCUAUAUUGGCCAGUAUACCAGCAGAACUGAAGAUAAAGGGCUCUUUGGUACAUGCAUCCCUGAUAGAGGGAAAGGGGGGCUUGCAAACUCUUCUUCAGUCUAUAAAGGAACAGGAUGCAGAUAAAGUAUCUGUGAACCUUGCAUCUACACUGGACACUGUAGCAGAGCUAGAGUUGUUACAGGCGCCAGGAUUAUCUUUUUUGUUGCCCGAGCAAUAUGCACAACAAUAUCCACGGCUUUCUGGGAGAGGAACUGUCGAGUUCACCAUUGAGAAAGGAGAUGGUUCAACAUUUUCCCCAGUUGGUGGAGAGCAGAAAAAUACAGCCACUAUUCAGGUUGUUAUUGACGGAUACUCUGCUCCAUUAACUGCAGGAAAUUUUGCAAAACUGGUGAUGGAUGGAGCCUAUAAUGGCGCAAAACUCAACUCUAUCAACCAAGCUAUUCUCUCAGAUAAUGGAGGUGAUAAAAACAGUGGUUACAGUGUUCCCUUGGAAAUAAUGCCCUCUGGACAAUUUGAGCCCCUUUACAAAACAACAUUAAGUGUGCAGGAUGGAGAACUGCCAGUUCUUCCUCUAUCUGUUUAUGGGGCAGUUGCUAUGGCUCAUAACGAAGCCUCUGAAGAAUAUUCAUCACCUUACCAGUUCUUCUUCUAUCUCUACGAUAAACGAAGUGCUGGUUUGGGAGGAAUAUCAUUUGAUGAAGGACAAUUUUCAGUUUUUGGAUACACAACCACCGGGAGAGAUAUUCUUCCCCAGAUAAAAACUGGUGAUAUUAUUCGUUCUGCAAAACUAAUUGAAGGCCAAGACCGUCUUGUAUUACCGAAGGAAAGUUGAGUAUAUUUGGCGGCGGUGUUACCCAAGUAGGAAAAAUAUUCAUUCUUUUUUAAUAUGUGGAUGGCAUAUGGCAUCAGCCUGAUUUUCUUGGUGUAGGUUGGGUUCUAAAUUAUGUAGAAAAUGAGUUGAAAUUUCUAUUUAAUAAAAAUCCCAUGGAACAGUGAAAUACAUUCUCCAGAAAAGGAAUCCCUUUCGGUUAACUAUUAUCCUUUAGUUUCUUGUAAAGGAGCAUAUCAUCUAUGGUUCUAUAUCGACCUCUUACUAAAAGAAUUAUAUAUUAUGUG